UCUACGCUCUCUACGUUCCAGGCGCCGUCGCCGUGGAACGAAGCGACGCUCAGUCGGCACCGCGAUCCACCCGCGACCACCUCGUCGUCGGACGAUCGAGCUCUCGUCGCGCCAUUAGUACGGCCGGGACCUCUCACCUCGUGGCCGCGCUGCCAGCCUGCUCCCGGAGGAUCGUUCCCAGAGCGAGUCGGAGAGUCAACCCGCCGAUCCACAGGCCUCCUCGUCGUCCCGCGCUUGGAAACGCUUGCCCGAGCCCGGAUACGAGCACGGGAGGAAAAAUGUUCGGCGGUUAGACGGGCUUGAAGAGAUGCACCUGAAGCUCCCUGUUUUCGACUCUCCGAGGUGACAAACCGAGAAGAAAAGGUAUAAACAUGCCGGUCGGCGGACGAGUGGCGGGCAAAGUCGGGAUCUACAGCUCCCAUUACAAUGGAAAGGGCUACAGUGGUAUAAACGAGGAGAUCAUCUGGAUUAGCAUAGGCAUGGGGAUCACCAUAGCGCUCCUGAUCACCAUAGCUCUCUGCUACAUCGCCCGUGAAAAAUGUUGCAAGCCGCAUGAAGGAUACUACACGUCCUGACGUAUGCUCCCGCCGCCCUCAUGGGCGUCCUGGUCAUUUAGUCCGGCGACACCAGGAAUAAUCUUCAGUCCGACCACGUCGAGGGGCAAGCCACGGGCUUACUACAUCACCGUCUGAAUUCACGUAGCCCCCCUCGGCCUUCCAUCUUCUCAGAGAAAAGUCCUGGGAAAGUCAUGCGGAAACUGCAAGAUACCGCGAACUUCAUUCGAAACGCACGCUCUCUUUUACAUUGUCCUAAUUACGACGCGAGGCUUGAUUUUUCAUUUUCUGGUCAACUUGUGAUUUAGAUUUAAAUUGAUGAUAGUGCAAAUAUCGUAUUUUUUUUUCUAUUUAUUAUUAAACUAUUAAUUAUUAAACUGAUGGUUUGAUAGUGGUAACUUUUAAGGCUUAAAGAUUAAACGUUUAAAUUAAAUUAAAUGAAUAAAAAAACGAUUGUUACAUUAUCAUCGAGUUACACGCAUAUAAGCCGAAAUAAAGUUAAUCAGAAAAUGAGAAAAACAAGCCUAAACCGAGCAUCACAAAGUCCCAGUAAACAUAUGUAGAACACAAAAAAUGACAAACAUUCUUCCCGGUGCGGUAAAGAUCGAAACUAAAUUGACUUUUAAGGCGAAAUUUUUACAUGUGUGUUUACUUGCACGCAUGAGCACGGGACGAAUAAGCGGUCGAGAUCGAAUGGAUUAAAAUAAAAAUACGGAGAAGAAGAGACGACGUCGCGCACAUUAUCGAGAAGCGGCGAAGUUAAGAAAUACGUUUUAUAUAUACGAACGGAUCGAUUUUACACUCUCUCCCGAGGACGGAUUUUUAUUACCAGUAUAUAUCCUCUUCGGGACGCAUUUGGUACACCGUUGAUACAAUGCAUUCCCGGCUAAUGUCCAAUAUCGUGCGUUAUGGGACCGCUGCCAGGGCUUUUCCCCAAGAAGAUGGUAAUCUUCGCGCCGUUACGCACACCGGGGAGAAAUAAAACUCCCCAAGGGAAAGGUAGGACGACAACGACGACGAGACCUUGUGGUUCGAAACCUCGUAAAGACUUAAAAGGUUUCUUAUCUAAAUGGGAGAACGACCUAGUCGGCGACGCGUAAUUCCGAUUCAUGAUUUUGCAACACACGAACGCGAAGCACUAAAUAGCGCUCUAUGUUCUGAUGUUCGACGAGCCGUGAUUUCGAUUUUGAAAGACGCACACUUGAGAGUUUUGUAAUAGAUCUGGUCAACGAAUCAAAACACAGUAGUAUCCGAUCCGGCUAGAUUUAUUAUCAAAUACAACCUGAUAGCAUCUGUAUCCUCUUUGGUAAAGCCAAACCCGAGCCGAGCCCGCGUCAUUUUGUCGACAACGAACUGGUCCUGUUAGAAAAUGGUCUUAACAGGAAUUGGUAUUGACGUUAACUGAUCUUGUCAGAAACUGAUCCUGACAAAAAUUGGUAUUGGUAUCAGAAAUUGGUUUUGCAGAGACUGGUCUUGACAGAAACUGACAUUGAUGGAAACUGAUCAAGAACUGGGUUGGACUUCACCAAAGCCAGGUACAGAUCGGGUUAAGUUAUAUUUGAUAAUGAAACGGGUGGAAUCCAAUUGGGCUUUGAUUUCCAGAGUUCUGCUUUGUAAUCAAAGUGAUUGCACAUACGGUACGUAGGUACGUGUGUAUACGUACGCGCCAGUGUACUGUAGUCAAUGGACCAUCGUUACUCCCCCCAUUUGCGUCUCUACUCAACCGCGAAGAACAUCGUGGCGCUGAAACGCGCUCGAAAAACGGCAUAACGGGCUCCUCGCACCGUUUGGUUUAAAAGCAUAAAGCACAACUCAAUCCUGCACCGCACAGAUACGAUAAAUUACUAAUUGCAGUCUAAGUGUCGUGAAAACGUAGAUGAAUUAUAAAGAGCUAAUCGAGGGAAACUUUGUUACUCGAGGAAAAACGCGUAUGUCGAAUUUUUGAAACGUUCAAACGCGGAGAACGGGAAAGAUUGACCUCGACAUAUCUUGAUUCCGAGAGGAAAUUUCGUUUCUUGAGUGUUCCCGACGGUCGAAUGGAAACAAACGGAUAGAAAAGGGGUUGAGAUAAAGAAAUCCGAGAGAAUUGAAUAGAAGCGCGCUCCUCGACUUCGAUGACCAAAGACGUCAUCGUGAAGUGAACUUCCAUCGAUUCUUCUUUAAUCUACUUAUUUUGAUAACGUGUCUGAAUUAUAUAGAAACCUUUUUCAUUAUUACACGUGUGGUCUCACACGAUUUCUCUCUCUCUUUCUCCUUCUCUCUCUCUCUCUCUCUCUUUCGCACACUUUCUCACACACACAUAUACACUUUGCAAUCGCGCAAAUUAAAAUUUACAAAGCUAUUAUAAAUUCUCCAUAAUAAUUUGAAUGUCAUAUCUUUCGCGUAAAGCGGAUGACAUAUAACAAAUAAUCGUGUUGUAUACGCUCGAGAUUUUACAAACGGUACGACGGAUAAUGUAAUCAUUUUGUGAUACAUUUGUUUGUACAAAUGUUGCUUUUAGAAGCUCUACAAAUGUCGAAGGUUAAUAACAUAACAAUGGGACUGCACGCGUCGCCUACGCGCCUCGCUUUAAUCCAUUCGCGCGAAAAUAUGUGUUCCGCCCCGAGUGAUAAUACAGAAAAAAAGUACAGAAAAAAACAUCUAAAAGAUCUCAAAAGUUUUAUACGCGUCUUUACGACAUCAUUUAGAUAAUUGCGUUGCAUCCCGGAUAUUCUACGAAUGAUAACGCUCGGAAAAAAAAGGAUGUUUUCGUUAUUCAUUCGCCACUUCAGCUCUGGGCAAAUGAAAGUCUCUCUCUUUUGCUCCUCCCCUCUCUCUCUCUCUCUCUCUUUCUCGUUACUCUCGUCAAAGUGUUCCCGAGCGGAAAAUUCUCGCCCCAAAUGAAAUCGCGCUGAUUUACUGCGCGUGAUUUGGUUCUUUAUCGCGACGUAAACUACAAGUUGAUGCUUUCCUUUAAAGAGACUAAAGAGAGGGAAAAAAAAUACAAAUCGUCGCGCUUCGUCUUUCCUCACAGUAUUUUGUGCGAAGCACGAGAGAGAUUUUCCGCUGAAUUUUAUACUGGCGCGGAUAACUCCAUCGCACUUGCCGUGAUUAACUUUCUCGUCUAUUGACGACGCCCGGUUACGUCGCCAACGCUGCUACAGGUCGCGAUAAAGUUUCAGUCUCACGUACCUUGGGU